CGAAAACCAGCACUUGCUAUUGCUACAAACACCACAGCACAGCACAGCACAGCACAGCACAGCACAGCACAGCACAGCACAGCACAGCACAGCACAGCACAGCACAGCACAGCACAGCACAGCACACCUCACCUCACCACGAUGGUGCACCCGGCGACGACGGCACAGAGGUCCGUAUGCCUCGUGUUUCUGGUCCUGGCAUCCGCGUCGUCGCUUUCCCCGGCUUUGGUUUCUUAUCCGUUUCCGGUCCCCGGGGCGUUAUCGAUCCGGUCGUCCCCGGGAGGCUCCACCCUGCUGGGAAUGCAGAGCGGCAGUGGUGGUGGUGGCAGUUGUAUUCCAGGCAGCCUCGGCGACGGCACCAUCGACACACCCACCAACGACGACGGCAACGGCAACGACGACGGCAACGGCAACGACGACAACCAACCCGGCAGAGAUCCGAGCGAGCCCAACGGCCCCCCCGCGGCGACGCACGUGGUGCUGGUCCUGGGCGGAUCGGGAUACACCGGACGCAGGGUCUGCAGGGAACUGGUGCGAUCGAUGGGGGACCUUCGGGGCAGCGGCGGUGGGGACCCCGUCUCGGCGGUGGUUUCGGUGUCCCGGUCCGGGAGGCCAAACGGCGGAAGCAGCAGCAUUAGCAGCAGCAAACGCUGGGAGGAGGAGGUGGACUGGAUCGCGGAARACUUGCUGGGCGGCGGGGCGGGAGACGACGGCCCGGAACAACUGCUUGAACAGCUGCGGGGGGUUCUCGGCAGGGUCCGGGAAAAGGGCGGCAACCMYGGCGGGUCCCCUUCUUCGGAACUCUUCGACCUCACGGUGGUCGGCUGCAUCGGCAACGCCAAUCCCUCGCCGGAGUGGACCGGCCUGUGGGGCCUGGGCUUUGACAACGAGCGGCUCCUCRAGGAGAACGGGGGGGUCUACGAGGCCUUUUGCGCAAAGACCCUCGGGCCCCUCCUGGGGGGAGCCGGGGGGGAGCCGCUKGUCCGGCUGCGCCGGUGCGUCCUCCUCUCCCUCGGCUACGAGGCCCAAAAGUGCCUCGAGGGACCCCUGGAGGGCUUUGUGGAGGGGAAGCGCCUCGCGGAAAGGGGCUUUCUAGAGGCGCUARGGGACGAAACAAAAGGCCGGGCCCUUGCUUCGAUCCCUCCCGAGGAAAACAUGGUCGUCCUCGGGCUGCCCUAUSUGGUGUACGGGGGCCGGCGGUUUCCGCGGCUUGGCGCCCUCUACCGCUGGUUGGUCGAGUCGGCCCCCGCCCGGGCCUACGUGGGGGCCAACCGGGCCCUGCGGUCCCUGUCCAAGACCACUACGGAGGACUGGCUGGAAUCGAUGGUGCGUCUUUUUGUUGUGGAAUGUCGYUGGAACUACAWUGGUUGCGUUGCGUUGUGUGUUGAGUGUUUUGUGUGUUAUGUAAUUCUUAUCGUCUACCGGGAUUGUUUCGGUCGUUUCCGACACGCUUCUUGCUUCUCACUCUCUUUCUCUCWCUCUCUCUCCAGGUGUUUUCGUCGCCGAUCGAUGUCGAUGCGGUGGGAGAGAUUGCGGCCAUGGCCGCGAGGGGACUCGUCACCCGGCCCAUCGUCAACGACGGACAGCCGCGGAAGCAGGACUUUUUYGACACCUCCGGGCAGCCGAUCGAGUACGAAAACGUUCUCUUUCUGGACGGGACCCACGCCAUCGAGGCCGCGAUCGAYCACCUAAGGGUCUCCCGCGGGCCGCAAAGGCGGGAAAUCCGCGAGAGGAACGGCGAGAACCCAUCGCUGGCAAAAGCGCUGCCCCGGUGGGAAGGAGCGCUGGUCGGGAAACGGCCGUAUCUGUUCCCGGUUCCCGUUGUGGCUUUCUUUGCGUCGUUCUUCUGGGCCGUGGUCACGGAACAAUUCGUGCAACCCCCRGCGUAACACUUAAAAAAGGGAUGGAUUCAUUUGAGUUGUACUUGCACUUGUCGUAGAACCGAGACCGGUGUGGAGCAAUAAUAAUGUGAUGCUCUG